AAACAGCUUCACACAUCUCCUGUCACAGGCAACGUACGGUACCUCAUCAAUCCUCAAGAAUUCUGUGGACAUGGACGAGCUGGAUCUCCUCCUUGAGGAGUUGGCUAACACCCCCAACCAAAGUGCCACCUCUGCACCAGAGAACAACAGAGAUGCAACUUAUAGUGGAUACGGGAUCCCAGCACCAGCUCUCACAAGAACAGGACAGCCACCUACCAACAAUGUUUACAGCAAACCACCAACGAGGGCCAGUGAGCCCAUGAGUCCAGCCACAGCCACCCGCGAGCUGGACUCCAUUAUGAAGGAACUGCUGGGCUUCGACCUGGAGGUUCCAGAGACAGGGUCUGCAUCAGCUCCUGCAUCAGCCCCGGCAUCAGCCCCUGCCUCAGCCCCUGCCUCAGCUCCACCACCUCUGGUCCAGAAGAAAGAAAGGAGGAGUGUGAAGGAGAGGAGUGAGGAAGGGGCAGCUCUGGACACUUCAUCAUCAUCGUCACCAAAGCCAAAGAAGAAGGAUGCGAUCGAUGACCUUCUGGGCGGCCUCAGCUCGGACAUGGAGAGGAUGGGUGUCCGCACCACCGCCAAGGGCCACUGCGCUUCCUGUGGCAAGUGCAUUGUGGGAAAGAUGAUCACAGCGCUGGGGCAGGUCUGGCAUCCUGAGCACUUUGUGUGCUCUCAUUGCCAUCAGGAGCUGGGGACCACGGGCUUCUUUGAGAGGGACGGGAAGCCCUACUGUGAGAAAGACUACCAGGAGCUGUACUCCCCCAAGUGUGCGUACUGCAAAGGACCCAUCUUGCAUAACAUCCUGACAGCCAUGGAUAAGACCUGGCACCCAGAACACUUCUUCUGUAGCCACUGUGGAGAUCUGUUUGGAUCAGAUGGCUUCAUGGAGAGGGAGGGGAAACCGUACUGCAGUAAUGACUUCUACCAGCUGUUUGCCCCCCGCUGCUCUGGCUGCAACCUGGCUGUCAAGGAGAACUACCUGACUGCUGCCAACGGAGUGUGGCACACCGACUGCUUUGUUUGUGCUGAUUGUCUCAAGCCCUUCACUGAGGGCAGUUUCCAUGAGCUGAAUGGCCGUCCGCUGUGCUCCCUGCACUUCCACAGUCGCCAGGGCACCCUGUGUGGGGGCUGCGGGGCACCAAUCACGGGUCGCUGCAUCACGGCUAUGGGCCACAAGUUCCACCCUGAACAUUUUAUCUGCGCCUUCUGCCUGAAGCAGCUCAGCCAGGGCGUGUUCCAGGAGCAGGAUGGGAAACCCUACUGCAAGGUGUGCCACGGGAGGCUGUUCCUCACCAAAUAACACCAAUUAUAUAACCCUCCGGAACAGAGUACUGCUUCACUGUAAAACAGUUCAAGCCAGUUUAACGUAAAAAGGUAAGUUGCCCUGCUACCUUAAGUUUGCAAGUUAAGCCGACUCGAGGAUUAACUUGAAACCUAAGGCAGCAGGGCAGCUUACUUUUUACGCUUAACUGGCUGCAAUGUUUUACGCUGUUUGUCCUUAGUUGCUACACAUGCAUUGAAAUGGUUUAAUGCGCACCUUGUCGGCUGUUAUACCUUAUCAAACAAAAUACUGCUGUUCCACACUGCUCUUGUCAAUGGAAAUGUGGUUGUUUACAGAUUUCUAUCUUUAGGCCUACGUAGUUUUUUGUCUUCCAUAUUCAUCAUUGCUUAUUUAAGGAUCUUUACCUUUAAGGAUCUAUACUUGACACUGAAAAAUAUUGUAAAAUUAAACAUUUGCUUUAUAAAAAAAAAUCUUGAUAUACAGGCCUACAUAUAGUUAAUCUGGUAUGUAGGUCUGUUCACAACAGCUCAUCAAUUAACAUACAAAAGACCUUAGAAUGUUUCAGGAGCAGGAAGAGAGUGCUACUGCGAGGUGUGCCGUGGGAGAUUGAGUGCAUUUGUAUGCAGUUCAAUAUCCCAAAUAUGACCAGUAUAUUAAGUGUCCCGAAUUUGCGUUUGAAUAUAUAAACAUCUUUUCCUGACUUCAGUAUCCCGGAUAAGUCCUUUGAGAAAUCGGGAUAUGCUAGGUGGAGUAUUCCGACAGAAGUCGGGAUACUAAGCCAUGUAAACACUGUAUCCCGAAUACUGGGGCUUCCCAUAGAACGCUGUUGCUAGUAUCCAGGCUACACACAUUUGAAGAUAAUUCUACUACGGCCAAGAAUGUAGACAAGGAAUAACCCUCUGUGCUCAUAUAAACACCAUAUCCCGAAUAUGAUCAUAACCGGGAUAUGUCUCAUAUUCGGGCUACUGAACUGCAUACACUCAAUCUUUCUCACCAUAAGCAGCAGUGAAAUUUUUUUUCUGACAAUGUGGCACUAACUAAUCACUGAUUCUUGAAAGUUUGGCAAAAGAUGUCCUGGCUAUAGAAGUGCUGAUUCUGUUGAAAAUCAAUUACAUUUUCAUGAACAAAAUAAAUCCAGGUAAUGAUCAAUGAGUCUGUUACACAAAUGUACAGUUGUUUGAAAGAUUUAAGUGCAAUUUUACUAUUUUUCAUUGCUGUAAACCUGCCCACACCUUGUAAAAACCUACUGUAGGCCUACUAAGGACAGACAUCAUCAUUUCAAUUGACUAAAAUAAAAAGUAGCCUAAAUCACUGAUGGAAUUGAAUAAUAUCACCACUACAUGGAAGAACAUAUUAAAGCAGUUCUACAGAACUGCAAAUAGUGAGUUUAAAACGAUAUUUACUAUUAUUUUCUGAUUGCUCAAAAUGUGUCCCUCAUAUUCGUCCCCACGGUCAGAUAUUUUAAAAAAGAUAAUAAAUUCAGGCAUGUACAGGGUCGUUGUCAUUUCUGAGGACCCCUUUUCAAACCUUCAGCUCUGCAUACUUCACCAUUACUGAAGCUCCUGUAAGUUUACUAUAUUCUCUUGAAUUUGUUAAUUGGUUUGGAUACUGUCUCAACCAUAACCUGUCAACACCAUGACUGUUGUAUAAAAUUAUUAUAUUAGAUUAAUGUUAACUAGAUUGCAUUCUCACAGAAAAUGCUGGAAUUGGAAGCGGGCUUGCCUUUUGGGGCAGAGAUGAAACAAAGUAGUAUUGAGAAAACAAAGCUAAAAGAAAUCUUGGAAAAAAUCCAUCCACCCAGUCAGAAGUUAUGGGCCAAACAAUUCAGCCAUCUUGGAUUCAGCCAUCUUGAAAGUGUUGUAGCUCUGCGUUUUGGGGAUAUACUAAAUGACAUACAUGGUAUUUUAAGUUGGCUAAGGAACACUGCAUAUGAUAUAAUUUUGAAAAUCAACAUGGCUUCAAGCGGGAUUCGAACUCACAACCUCCAUAUCUGUAA